AUGCAACAACCAGGUCUUGUUUGUGCUGUAAAUGUUUUACCCAAUGAUACACUUGAAGUUCAGGGGCAACGUGUAAAAGCACAACCAGAUUCAUUUUGGUCAUAUUAUCCCGGUGAUGUUGGCAUACUUUGUAAGCGAGCAACCAGUUGGAAUCCACAAAAUUCAAGAAUAACACGAGAAAAUAAAGAUUAUAUGACAGCUUUAGCUAAAGGGCUUACGCGUGAUGAUGGAAAACAAAUAUUAAAUGAAAAUGGUGAAAUUUUUUCAUCUCGUUGGCAUCAAAAUCUAUCCAAUAAUGCUAGUAGACCUGGAACAGCAAAAUCAGUACUAAAAGGAAAUCGACCACCGACAUCAGCACCUGAACGUGUUAAAUUGUCCUUGUCAACUCUUAUUGAAGUUAAUAGACCGACAACUGCUCCUGUAAUGAUUGAAGAACGUCCACGUCGAAUAAAUACUGACAAAUUAAAAUCUGCUAUACCUGCUCGUCCUCCACCACCUCCACCACCUCCAGCACCAUUACGAGCACCACGUUAUAUUGAUGCAUCAGGAAAUUUUGAUAAUUUAACAAAUUCAGCAUUUCUUAAUCUUACUGAUGGACUUAAAUCAUCAAUAUUCAAAAGUGAUAACCAUUUUGUUCAUCAAUUAUGUUCAAAUACAAAUGAAACAAUGACUGAACAACUUGAUACUAGUCGUGAUAGUUUUCUUGAUUUAUCUACUAUGACCUUAACUGUUGAAACUACUAGAGAAAAAAAACAAUUAAAUGAAACAAUUGAAAGUUAUCAAGACGAAAAUAAAACAAACAGUUUUCAACAUACGGCAAAUCUUGGUACAUGGUAUCGUGAUCCUAAAAGUGGACGUAUUGAAGCUAUAGCUAAUAUACCUAGUCGAAAAACUCCAUGUGAAGAUCCAAAAGAAAUUGAACGACGUAUUGUUGAACAAGAAGAAGAAGCUAUCCGACAACGUCAAAAAGAUAUUGAUCAAUAUACAUUUGAUUUAACACCUAAUUCUUCAACACCUAUGUAUGAUUAUAAAAAUCCAUUUACUGAGGAAUAUGAUGAAGCUAUUGCUUUACAAUCACAAUUACAAACCAAUAGUGGAUAUAAUGAAUGGAAUAUAAAAGAUUUUUAUCGAGACGUUAAAACAAAAUUUGAACAAGGCACUAACACAAAAGCAGUCUUUGAAAAAUGUAUCAAAUUGGCGAGAUUACAAGCUAAUACAAUCAAAUGGGAACAAAGACGUCGUCAAAAUUUAAAUACAUACAAUCGUUUAAUGAAAACUACAUCUUUAGAUGCAAGUACAUCAAAUUUCACUGGAAGUAUUUCAUCAAAAAUGAAUACUACUGAAAAAGAAAUUCGAGAAUUAAAUGAAUUAAAACGUGAUUUACGUUGUAAUGAAUGUAAACGUGUAACAUGUCUUGGAAAUUGUGCACCAGGUCAAGAUUAUCAUCUGUAUAAACGUAUUGUUUCAACAAUACCAUCUCAAUCAUCUCCGACAAGACAACCAUUAAUACCAAAUGGAUCAAAUACACGUGAUCAACAUCGUUGUAAACAUGGUUGUACAACAUGUUCAACAAGUAAUUGUCGUUCUACAGCUGAUAUUAUAAAUGCUAAUGCAAUUAUAACAAGUUUAAAUAAUAAUAAUAAUAAUAAUAAUAAUAAUACCAAUUAUAAUCGUCUUCGAUCAUCCAAAGCAACAUAUUCAUAUGGUCAAAAAAGUCAACGACCAACCAUUGAUUUACGUCCACGUUCAAUGCAUCAAGUAACACGAGAAAUGAAAAUAAAAUUUGAACAAGCUAAUUUAAGUCCUGUUGUUGUUGUACCUUUAUUUGAAGACGAAUCUCAAUCGAUAUUAACAAGACGUUCACAAAAAAGAUCACCUAAUGGACUUUUACCAGGAAAAUCCUUUCGUUCACAACGAAGAGAUUCAUUAACAAUGAUUUCACCACAAAAAAUUCUUAGUUAA